AUGGUUCCUCCACCAAUCAAACACAAGGCCCUUCUGAAUGUAGAUCUGGGGGAGGCUUAUGGGAACUAUGUGUGCGGUCCGGACCUGGAACUCCUGCCACUGAUCGAUCAUGCCAAUGUCGCUUGUGGCUUUCACGCCGGCGACCCGUUGAUCAUGCAGGAGACGGUUCGGAACUGCAAGAAAUAUAACGUCAAAGUGGGCGCCCACCCCGGACUUCCCGACAUCCAGGGUUUCGGUCGGCGGGAGAUCAAAAUGUCGUCCGACGAGUUGACCGCCAUCACCGUCUACCAAGUUGGCGCCUUGAAAGGGUUCCUGGAUCGAGAAGGCGUCCCGCUGCAUCAUGUCAAGCCACACGGGAUUCUGUAUGGAAUGAUGUGCCGGGACUACGAAGUGGCCAAAGCAGUCAUGCAGGGCAUUCCCCCCGGGGUCCCCGUCUUCGGUCUGGCAGGCACCAACAUGGAGAAAGCGGCCAACGAUCUCGGUAUACCCUUCUGGGCCGAGUUGUAUGGGGAUGUCAAGUACAGCAGCGAUGGAAUGCUCGUCAUUGACAGGAAGAAAAAGGCGUGGGAGCUGGAGGACGUGAGAAAGCACGUCAGCCAGCAGCUCAACACGCAGUCGGUCACCGCAACAGAUGGGAGUAUCGUACAGCUGCCCGUCAAGGACUAUCCCGUCAGCAUUUGCUGUCAUUCCGACUCGCCCGGAUGUCUCGGUAUCAUCAAGACCACCAAAGAGGUUAUCGACGAGUUCAACCAAAGCCAAGGGAGGCAAUGA